AGAAACUCAUGACCAUAGAUAUUUUUCCAUUACUGCAAAGCGUUCUUUUUUUUUUUUUUUUUUUUUCCAUUCACAAACCGCCAUUCAGAACUAGCUCCUAGCUCUAUAUAUACUUUUCUCACAUCGCUAUCCAAUUCUGCCUCGUUGUUUUACACGUGAAACAUAACACAACCUGCUUCAAGAAAUCUUGCAUUUGCACCAUGUUUUUGGAGAAGGAAUGCGGUGGAGUUCCGCUAUAUUACAGCGUUCUUGGCGUCGCUUCGGACGCUUCGGAUCAAGAAAUUCGACGAGCUUAUCGUGAGCUUGCUAUGCAAUGGCAUCCCGAUAAAUGGACCAGAACCCCUUCUCUUGUUGGCGAGGCCAAACAGAAAUUUCAGCAAAUUCAAGAAGCUUAUUCAGUGUUAUCAGACAGAAGUAAGAGGAUGCUAUAUGAUGCAGGGCUGUACAGUUGUGAAGAUGAUGAGGAUGAGGUUGAGGGAUUCGCUGAUUUUCUUGGUGAAAUGGUUUCUCUCAUGAAAGAUGUCAGGGAAGAGGAAAAGAAUUACAGCAUUAGUGAAGUGCAGAGCAUGUUUUGGGAGAUGGCACGAGAUUUCGAGAUGGCCGACUUGGAUAACUCGGUGCACCAACAAAACGCGUAUGAUUCGCAGUGGCCUUGUGGGCAGUGGAGUCUAUAUCAGUCUGGAGAUGUGGCUAACAGUUGGUGGGAAGCAAGCAUGACACCGCAGCAGCAGGGGAAUCCGCAGUUUGGCAGCUUCGACACUUUUGGCGCACACAACUUGUGCAGAUGAAGAUGCUUAUGACUCAUUCAUCUUUCUUGUGAUUGACCACACUGUCUCCUUUUAACGUUUGGACAUUGUGGAAUAGGAUUAGAGAGGAACUGAGUAUUUGUUUUGUACGCCCCUUUUUGUAUAUGUUGAAGACUUGAAGGGAAAUCUUUUUUACAGUGAAUGCAAGUCUGGUACGCUA